AUGUAGAGCCCUGGAACUAGGGCAGCGCUCAAUUCAACUGAAAGGGGAAGUGAAUUCGGGGAAGUGAUUGCAAUUUGCGUUUGUGAGAGAGAGAGAGAGUCUAAUUCGCAAAGAUGGCAAUGGCAGCAGAAGAUGAUGAGUUCUACCUUCGAUACUACGUGGGACACAAGGGGAAAUUCGGCCACGAGUUUCUUGAGUUCGAGUUCAGGCCAGAUGGCAAGCUUCGUUAUGCCAACAACUCCAAUUACAAGAACGACACCAUGAUCCGCAAGGAAGUCUUCCUCACCCCUGCCGUCGUUAGGGAGUGCCGCCGUAUCAUCUCCGAGAGCGAGUUUUUUGUUUGCAGUUUUUGUGGAUAUGUGAUUUCUGAGUUGGUUCAAAUGAUUUGGGUUUCUCAGAUCAUGAAGGAAGAUGAUGCCAACUGGCCAGAACCAGACAGGGUUGGGCGACAAGAGCUUGAGAUUGUGAUGGGAAACGAGCAUAUCUCCUUCACUACCUCAAAGAUUGGGUCACUUGUCGAUGUCCAGAGUAGUAAGGAUCCUGAAGGACUUCGUAUUUUCUAUUACCUUGUUCAGGACUUGAAGUGCUUUGUUUUCUCCCUCAUCUCACUACAUUUCAAGAUCAAGCCUAUUUAAGUGCCCUUAUGCUGAUCACUCAAUUUGUAUCAAGGGGUUAUUUUUGUGUAAAUGAAUUUUGCUUGUGGGAUUUGUUAUUUGCAUGACUUGAUAGUUUUGUUGCUUUUCGAGGAACUGUUUGAGCUGUGUAAUGUUGUAUGGGCAUAAUGGUUCCUCAAUUGAGGAGUAAUUUCAUGAAACGGAAAUGCUAAUGCUAUGAAAUUUUUACGUUUCAUUAUCA